AUGCCCCAGCCAGGCCCCUCUAGUCGGCCCCCUGCUGCAUCCUGCGCCACGCCCGAGGGGUCAUCCUCGGCGGAUCACCCACCCCAGGGCCUCCCGCACGCGAGGGCGCAUGCACAACAUAACACAGCCCAAACCCCACCCCACCCCACCCCGAAAUUCAACUCUAAGCCCCCGUCCCGACCGACCCGGCCCGGCCCGAGUCCGCGACGCACCCUCCAAGCUUGCCUCAAUUUGCUUGCCUGCCCCACGACACCGGCAGCAGCACGCUGGACUGCAGGCAGCUCUAGGGUUUUCCCGCCCGAACCCUCCUCGCGAAUCGGCGGCGAAGGAACACUCGAUCACUCGCACAGCCAAGCCAGUGCCCCCGUCCCACCCGACGCCGCUCGCUCGCUGGGUUUCCCCGCGGCGCCACCUGUGUUCCUGCCCCGUACAACAACAGUCCAAUGCCACCCGGGGUCGCCCACCCGAUCACGCCACCACGGAUCCCCUCCACCCCCCACGCCCCACAAGCCCUCCUCCCUCGAUCCGCCCGACCGACGUCGUGUUACUGCUGCUGCAACGUCGUUGUCUUCGAGCUCCGUCCCCUGCAGCGCUCCGCCUCCCCGUCUUCCAUUAUGUAGGCCCCCACGCGCCGCGGGAUUAGGCGAUGCACCUCCCGCCGUCGAGGCGCCCCUUUCGAGUGGUCCGUGUGUCUAUGGCUGCUGUUGA